AUGGCAGGCUUGUCCCGGUUAGCUGGGAUCAGCAUGAAGGAGCCGGUCAGCAUCCAGGUGGGGGAGAACUCUGAGGGGAUCAACGAGCCGACCCCGGACCCCACCACAGCCCAGGGCAAAUCGGACUGCUUUGCCGUACCCGAGAGGCUGCAACAGCACAUGGUGGUGGUGCCCAGCAAACUAAGGCUUGUCUGCCUAGCCGCCUUCAUCCUGUCCAAGUGCAAGGUAAGCACGGCUGGUGUUGGGUGAGGUUUCCCCUAGAUGCUGAUCUGAUCUUGAGUCAGUUUUAGCGUUUCCCCCACUAAUGAUUGAGAUUAGGAUUGGGGGAUGUGAAGGUGGUCCUAGAUCUGUGCCUAGGAUAAACUUCACCCUAGAAUGCACAGUCCACACGCAGAUAGCCAACACCCCGAUUGUUUGAGGAGGGGAAUAUCCUACCACCUGUCAGACUGCGCCAGACUAGAUUGAAACUGGCUUUUUGUAAGUCCAGUCAUUGCGCAACAAUUCUAAAUGCAAUCACGUGUUUCUCUCCUGUUCUAUUGGUUUUCAUAUCAACUUUCUUUCGUUGCCCUGAUACCAAAGGCACAAUCUUAGUCAGCUUACCAACGCAUCAUAGUUGUUGUUAUAGAUUCCCCCUCUUUCUAAGUUUCUAACAGAGAUUUUCAUCUGGCAAAUAUUGAACCACUCGCAUUAGGUGCGCUGUUUAGAAUGGUGUUUUCCUGCGAAUUGCAUUUUGGCAAAUGUUUGAAAAAUAUAUUAUUUUUUUCUGCUUUAUUGAAGGAGUUGCAUGUUCAAUAAUAGGCUAUAGCAUUUUGACUGUAAGACGAUAGGCUUGCUAUUGUCGUAUGUUUCCAUUAAGCUCUUAAUGGAAAAAAAUAAGCAUCUCGUCAUUAUAUACAGAUCUCUAAUAGUAUUUUCUGUUGGUCACGUCAUUUGACUGUUUAGAAUUAUUUUUGCCGUUUUGUUAACUGGUUAAUGAUUUUCAGUUAUUCAGCAGCAAAAGUGACUGAAAUGUGCAUCCCUAAAGUAAAGGAUAUGCGCUUUGUCCCAUUUUAUAUCAUGGCUGUGUUUAUCUUCUCUCACCCCCACAGUUUGAGAAGGGCCACAAGAUAAUUGUGUUUGUGUCGAGUUGCGAGGCAGUGGAGUUCCUGCUGAUCCUUUUCAACGCCGUGCUCUGCGGGCCGAAAGCCAAACAGCAGCCUCCGCUCAGCUUCCUCCGUCUCCACGGCAACAUGAAGCAGGAGGUGAGACUAUCUUUUUAACCUACCAUGUGCCCAUGUGACUGUUGCAUGGGAGUACAGGACGGUUGUAUUUUUACAUUUGUGCUACACAUGCAUCACGCCCAGGGCCUUCUCUGUAGCAGCAGCACAGUCUUUCCAAUGAAGGCUGCCGUUAGUCAGGGUCAGAGAGUGGCUUUACCAUGCCUUGUGUUGCCACUAACCAGCUGGUGUAGUGUGGCAGUCAGCAGGCCAUGCCCUGUGGCUGUACCCGGGGAGGAGCUGAGGGCUAAUGCCCUGACCAGUGUUCACCCCUGUCCCAGGGCCACUAAUGACAGUCAACGGGGGCUGCCCAUAUGGCACCUCUGGGGGCGUGGGACUGGAGAUGGGCAGUGGGCUCAAGCUCUGGUUAGAUAUUAAAGAGGAAUGGGUCAGGUGGAAGUAUGGAUGGCAGAGGCUGUCACCGAGGCUGGAUCUAUGUCUCAAAUGGCACCCAAUUCAUAUAAUGCACUACUUUGGUCAAAAGUAGUGCACUAUGUCGGGGAUAGGAUGCCAUUUGGGACUCGACCAGAGUUAUUAUGGAUGUGUUUGGUAAUAGGAGUGCACAGGCUGGGCCCAUUACGACUGCUGCUGUGACGAGGAUGGCAGGAGACACAGCUGUUACUGCACCUAAAACAGAUUGCCCUCCACAAAUACAAAAACCCUUUAUAGAUUUUGGUGUUGUCUUAUGUGGGCAAAUAAUUUUUACUUGUACAAAAUUCAACAACAAACUGUAUAUUUUUAACAGGAAAGGACAGAAGUGUUCCAAGAGUUCUCUCUCUGCAAGACUGGAAUUCUGCUCUGUACGGUAAGUCAGCUCAACGUUUGAGACACUGCCUGGGCCUACAUCACGCCGUAUAUCUUUCUAUGGGUCGAUUUAAAUAAUGACUGUCGUACCAGGUCUAAAUUGUGCAUCCCUAGGUCCCAGGCAGUGAGUGGCCCGAGAAUCGGCCCCUGUUUGCCACUGAGGCACACACCCGUCCCACGAUGUCAAAACCAAUAUCCUCACACAAUGGCAACAAAUGAAAUGUGUGUGUGAGAGACCCCUAAAUGCUAAAUGACGAGGCUGAAUAAAUAAGUGCUUCUAAUCCGUCUGACAGACUGGCAUGGCCCAGCACUGGCCUCCAUCUGUACUGGCUGGCCAGGCCAGCAUCGCUACUCCACCCCUCCCCAGGCAGUCCAGUGUGCCCGGCCAAUACACCGCUCAUCCUGGCCCUGCCACUGGCAACAGAAGGCCCAGAGCUCCAUGCAGCAUCUCCCCUCUUCCUAGCUCUCCAACAUCAGCUAUUUAUUUAUAUUAUCAGCUACAGUAGCGCAGCCGGCCACAAACCACAAUGGUCCCCCAGACCAGUAAAGACAAUGGCUCAUUUCAAACAAUCACCUGUGCACGCGCACACACUCAUCUACCCCGACUGUGUUUGUAGUGAGAGAGACGGUGGUAUUUGACCAGGAAAAUGUACUUAUAAGUCCACUAGAAAUCUUAGCUAAAAGUCAGAGGGUUGGUGUCAGGCUGGCAUUGGGAGGUCCAUGACAUCACAAUCAUGACAUUUUAAAAUUGUAUUCUUCUCUUCAGGAUGUCGCAGCACGUGGACUUGACCUGCCUCAGGUGACGUGGAUUGUACAGGUAAAAUUAUAACAUAAGAACAUGAUAUUACUGUCCAUAGAUGGAUUCCAAGUGAAAUGUCAGAUGUUGGCCAGUGUAGGCCGUCAUUGUAAAUAAGAAUUUGUUCUUAACUGACUUGCCUAGUUAAAUAAAGGUUAAAUAAAAAUAAAUACAAAUGUUUGUCUUUACAUUUUUUAUGUGUUUUGUCUGUGUAUAUUUCAGUACAACCCUCCAACCACUCCAGCAGAGUACGUGCACCGCGUUGGGCGAACUGCCCGUAUUGGAGCUAAGGGAAGCAGCCUUCUCUUCCUCACCCCUGCUGAAACAACCUAUGUCACUUCCCUGGCAAAUCACAAUAUCAGGUAGGUCUGUGGAUGGUCACUCAACAUCCCUUCUCUAACCCUUGUGCCCAUGUUCACAACCUUUUUAUGGUUGUGUGACACAUCUCACUCUCUCCACAGUCGGUCUCUGAGCCUGCGCCUCCAAGUUUUAAAUUAGUCUUAUUUGGACCUUUCUACCCUCCAUAAUAUAAGACAGUGAGACACUUGGCUCUCCCAGUCCUGUCCUCCUACACGUGGUCUCUAUAGUUUUUAUUUUGCGCACACACACACUAAAGCUUCAUUCCCAAGCUCUCAGUAUGCCCGGCUGGAUCGUCUGGGCUGAUCGAUCUCCGUGAAGCGGAGCACUGACAGCCAUUGAGCAGAGCCAGCCAGAGCUGUCACCCUCGAUGGCCAUGUGCCUACCAGGACUAGAUUAAUCACACACCGCCACUGCUCACAACGUCAUUUACCACGAGCCACAUGACAGCCUGCUGCUGGGGGGGGCAUCCCGCGGCCCUCCUGCGUGCAUGCGCCACGUCUAUAUCUAUGGGCACAAGCACUGUUCAUUACACAAACUGUUCACACCCCUAUUGUUGGUGGAGCUAAUUUUGCAGGGUUAAAGCUUAAUUCCUGCAAUUCUACACAUUUUGUCAUGGGGUGCAAAGAAAAUGUUGCAGUUUUAAAGCACAUUUUCAUGCAAUUCUACACAUUUUGUCAUGGGGUGCAAAGAAAAUGUUGCAGUUUUAAAGCACAUUUUCAUGCAAUUCUAUACAUUUUGCCAUGUCUAAUGUGUAUUCAUGUGAUAUUUGAGUGACACAUUUUUUUUUACAACUAUCAAUGGGCUAAAAAACCUAAAUAAAAAAAACAUUAGCUGACAUGGGCUGGUUGAUCUGGACAUUUCUGACAAGUUAUAAAUAGCUCUCUAAGGUAUGUAAUGACUAACAUGACGAGAGGAAAUUAUGAUGCGCUACCCAAUUUUGAAAUUGCACCUUGUGCAUUCUACUAUUACCACUUUCAAGAGUAAGUUUAAAGCCAGAUUCAGUAAAAAAUUAAUAAACGUCCUAUUUUUUUGGGGGGGCGGGGGCUGCACCCCCCCUGCCGACCCCACUGUUUUGGAACUACUGUGCUAUAGGACUAUUAAAAGGGUUUGAGACGAGGGAGUGAGACAUCCGGAGAGAUGGCAAAAAAAAGACAUACUACAAAAGUCUCACAAAGUCAAAGGGUACCAUUUUCUCCUUUACUUUGCGUCUUUAGAACAAGCACCCGUUUGAGGCUGUCACAUAGUUUGGAUUUCCCCAAAUGUACUUACUUUGUUGUUUUUAGAAAGCAUUCCACAGUGCAACUCUGGGGUCUAUUCACUAGGAACCAAAUGUAAGCAUAGGGGCCGAAAAGGGAAUGGACCUACCUGAAUUUGUCCAAUUAAGAAACUUGUUUUUGUUGCAAAAUGUUUUCUGCAUCAAAACAUUUUGCUACGGUGUGCACAGUACACUAAUGAAUACACCCCUGUUGUCAACUGUUCCUCCAGCCUGUCCGAGAUGAAGAUGGAGACGAUUCUGUCGACGCUGAUGCUGGACGACCGCUUCAAAGUCAGGGGAAAGUAUGAUGGCAAGGUGAGGGAGCAACAAGCUCAGCACAUUUUACAACCCAGCUGUGGAACUUCACAUGACUUACAGUGAGCUCCAUAAUUCAUUGGACAGUGACCAUUUUUUUGUUAUUUUGGUUCUGUACUCUAGCACUUUGAGGUUUGAAAGGAUACAAUGAGGGUGAAGUGCAGACUGUCAGCUUUAAUUUGAGGUUAUUUUCAUACAUAUCGGAUGAACUGUUUAGAAAUGACAGCACCUUUUGUACAUGGUCCCCCCAUUUUAAGGUACUACAAGUAUUUGUUAAAUUGGCUUCACAGAUGUGUGUCGUUAGGCAGGUGGAUUCAUUUGUGUCGUUAGUGAAUGCAGGAGAGCUGUUGAUGAAUAGUAUUGAUUGUAGACUUUGCUAUUGCCUUUUGGAGGUUGUUGUUGGGGUGUGACAACAUGAGGAAGACAGCAGUAUCGAUGCAAAUGAAGCUGGCCGUCAUAAGGCUCAGAAAUGAAAAUCAAUCAAUCAGGAACAUUGCAAAAACCCUGGCCAUGCCCAAGUCAACAGUUUGGUUCAUCAUUAACAAUAAAAAAACAACCGGUGAACUCUGUCAAAAGACCUGGUAGACCGAGGAAGACCACUGUAGUGGGGACCGGAGAAUACUCUCUAUGGUGAAGAAAACCCUCCUGACAACAGCCCAACAGAUCAAAAACACUUUCCUGGAUGCAGGUGUAGAUGUGUCAAAGUCUACCAUACGUAGAAGACUACACCAGCAGGACUACAGAGGGUACACUACAAGAUGCAAACCACUGAUAAGCCUGAAGAACAGAAAGGCGAGAUUACAGUUUGCUAAAAAGCACCUAAAAGAGCCCCAAGAGUUCUGGAAAAAAAGUAUUGUGGACAGAUGAGAUAAAAAUUAACAUGUACCAGAGUGAUGGAAAGAGGAAAGUGUGGAGAGGAAAAAAAGAAAUGCCCAUGAUCCAAAGCAUACCACCUCAUCCGUGAAACAUGGUGGAGGGGGUGUUAUGGCUUGGGUUUUGUAUGGCUGCCAGUGGAACAGGCUCACUUGUCUUCAUCGAUGAUGUGACUGCAGACAGAAGUAGAACAAUGAAUUCUGAAGUCUACAGAAAUAUUUUAUCUGCUCAGAUAAAACCAAAUGCCUCAACUCAUUGGACGGCACUUCAUCAAGCAACAAGACAAUGACCUUAAACAUACUGCUAGAGCAACGAAGGGGUUUUUGAUGGCCAAAAAGCGGAACAUUCUUGACUGGCCGAGUCAAUCACCGGAUCUGAAUCCAAUUGAACAUGCAUUUUACAUGCUGAAGAGGAGACUGAAGGUAAUAAGUCCCCGAAACAAGCAGGAACUGAAGAUGGCUGCAGUACAGGCCUGGCAGAGCAUCACCAGGGAAGAUACCCAGCGUCUGGUGAUAUCGAUGCAUCGCAGACUUCAAGCAGUCAUUGCAUGCAAAGGAUAUGCGACCAAAUAUUAACAAUGAUUACUUUAUUCUACAUUAUGUUAAACUGUCUAAUGUUUUUUAAUGCCCGAAAAUGGGGGGACCAUGUACAAAAGCUUAUAUAAUUUCUAAAUGGUUCAUCUGAUAUGUAUGAAAAUACCCUCAAAUGAGAGCUGACAGUAUGCACUUCACCCUCAUUAUCGUUGUAUCCUUUCAAACUCAAAGUGCUAGAGUACAGAACCAAAAUAACAACAAAAUGGUCACUGUCCAAUGAAUUAUGGAGCUCACUGUAUAUGACUAUAUUCAGCCUUCACCAGUCUUAUAAGCGCUUCCCUUCUGGUCAGUUCAAUCCACGUAACUUGUGUGUCUUGUGUCUGUAGAAGUCUUCUGGGGCUCUGGAGCAGGAGGUGCGGGAAAGAGCAACUGUCCUACAGACUGAGUUUGAGAACGUUGUCCACGACGACAACGACUCUAUCCAAGCAGCCAAGAGAGGUGUGUUAAAUUUGCACACAAGAAAAGACAAGGCAAUAAGAUGAGUUUGAAGACAAAGGAAAACUUGUGCAUGUGCAGGAGAGCUUAAAAAAAAAACUGUGGGGAUAGUAUGGUACCUCCCCCUUUCAAAUGUUUAUAAUUUUAAUUUUAAAAAAAUUAACCGAAUCCUAACAUUAAAAAAGAAAAAGAAAUCGUUGGGAAUAACACAAAGGAAUAAAACAGAUUUAAGCACAUCAAGUAAAAUGCAUAAUCAACAUGCGUUACAAAUACAGUAGGUGGGACCAACUUCACCCAACAUUGCUGGGUUAAACGGACAAAAAAAGGGAAUAAUUAUUUGUUGAACAUGGUAAUUGGCAUUACAGUAUAUAGCAGGAAAGUCUGGAUACAGAAUAAAAAGAAACUCUUCCUCACUAUAAGAAUAAUAUCCUCACAAACAGUUUGUCUGGUUGGCUGGUUAAGCUCCUGUUUUGUGGUCCUCAUUUUAAAGUGAUUUUCCCACCGCUCUUUCCUCUUGCUUUAGCCUUGCAGUCGUUCCUGCGGGCGUACACUGCCUACCCGUCCAACAUGAAGCACAUCUUCCAUAUCAAAGCCCUGCACCUGGGCCACGCCGCCAAGAGCUUCGGCCUGAGGGACGCCCCACAGGGCCUGGUCACCGCCCCUGCCAAGGGCUCCAACAAGGACAAGGGACAGGCCAAGGACAAGAGGUGAGCCUAAACACUGCUGCACCGCUAGCGUUACUGAACUGUCUGUCACUUUUUUACUGCCAUUCAUAUAUACAGUACCAGUCAAAAGUUUGGACACACCUACUCAUUCAAGGGUUUUUCUUUUAUUUUUACUAUCAAUUGGGUUGAGGUCGGGUGAUUGUGGAGGCCAGGUCAUCUGAUGCAGCACUCCAUCACUCUCCUUCUUGGUCAAAUAGCCCUUACACAGCUUGGAGGUGUGUUGGGUCAUUGUCCUGGUGAAAAACAAAUGAUAGUCCCACUAAGCGCAAACCAGAUGGGAUGGCGUAUCGCUGCAGAAUGCUGUGGUAGCCAUGUUGGUUAAGUGUGCCUUGAAUUCUAAAUCAAUCACAGACAGUGUCACCAGCAAAGCACACCAUCACACCACCACCUCCAUGCUUCACGGUGGGAAACACACAUGCAGAGAUCAUCCAUUCACCUACUCUGCGUCUCACAAAGACACGGCAGUUGAAACCAAACAUGUCAAAUUUGGACUCAUCAGACCAAAGGACAGAAUUCCACCGAUCUAAUGUCCAUUGCUCGUGUUUCUUGGCCCAAUCAAGUCUCUUCUUCUUAUUGGUGUCCUUUUAGUAGUGGUUUCUUUGCAGCAAUUCGACCAUGAAGGCCUGAAUCACGCAGUCUCCUCUGUACAGUUGAUGUUGAGAUGUGUCUGUUACUUGACCUUUGUGAAGCAUUUAUUUGGGCUGCAAUUUCUGAGGCUUGUAACUCUAAUGAACUUAUCCUCUGCAGCAGAGGUAACUCUGGGUCUUCCUUUCCAGUGGCGUUCGACAUGAGCCAGUUUCAUCAUAGCGCUUGAUGGUUUUUGCGACUGCACUUGAACAAACUUUCAAAGUUCUGGACAUUUUCCCGGAUUGACUGACCAUCAUGUCUUAAAGUAAUGAUGGACUGUCGUUUCUCUUUGCUUAUUUGAACUGUUCUUGCCAUAAUAUGGACUUGGUCUUUUACCCAAUAUGGCUAUCUUCUGUAUACCCCCCUACCUUGUCACAACACAACUGAUUGGCUCAAAUGCAUUAAGAAGAAAAGAAAUUCCAGAAAUUAAACUUUUAACAUGGCACAGCUGUUAAUUGAAAUGCAUUCCAGGUGACUACCUCAUGAAGCUGGUUGAGAGAAUGCCAAGAGUGUGCAAAGCUGUCAUCAAGGCAAAGGGUAGCUACUUUGAAGAAUCUCAUAUAAAAUAUAUUUUGAUUUGUUUAAUACUUCUUUGAUUACUACAUGAUUCCAUAUGUGUUAUAUCAUACUUUUGAUGUCUUCACUAUUAUUCUACAAUGUAGAAAAUAGUAAAAAUAAAGAAAAACCCUGGAAUGAGUAGGUGUGUCCAAACCUUUGACUGGUACUGUAUAUAUAUCUGUUCAGUGAGGAAGCUGCCUUUUUUUUGCUUUUGAAAUAGCAGCCAUUCCUGUCCCUCUGGGUGUAGAGAGGUUGUCUGUCUAGACCCCCAGAGGAUGAUCCGUAUGGCAGGCGUGGCCGUUGCUAGGUGUCUCUGACACUGGACCUGCCUCAAUUUUUUUUUACAUUUCAGUCAUUUAGCAGACGCUCUUAUCCAGAGCGACUUACAGUUACUGAGUGCAUACAUUUUUCAUACUGGCCCCCCGUGGGAAUCGAACCCACAACCCUGGCGUUGCAAGCGCCAUGCUCUACCAACUGAGCUACACGGGACUACACUCUCUACUCUCACACAGCUAUUAGUGGUCAUCUGAGGGAUCCCCCUGAGGCUCAGCACUCAGGUCCUGGCCUGACUGGCUUCUGGCUGGCUGCUUGGCCUAGACUCUCCCUCCAGACAGACUCAGGCAGCGCAGCACAGUCGGAGAGAGGGAAGGAGGGUCAGCUCAGCAGGGUGCCGUAG